ACCCUGGCCGCAUCGCAUAGCUCUGUGGAUAGCUAGCGGGUCACGAUCACAAGCCAGAGACCCUCACGGUCAGACAAGCCUCCACCAGGUUUUUGACUCUCUUCCGAGCUACACUUCUCUUCCUCGAUCAACACUUCCCCGUCUCUUCUCAUCCUCACGCCUUCCCUUCGCCCUUCCCUUCGCUAUCUCCAGACACAAUGUCGUCGACCGGCAACUCCCCAACCUCGUCCAUAAAAGAGGCCGUCUCUUCGAAGCUACCGCACGUGCCCGAAUCCAAGGAUGAGCUGAAGGCCGAGAUCAAAGCCGAGGCCAAGGCAGUCGCCAGCUCGGCCAGCGCCCAAUUGCGCUCGCUCGCCGCCGGUGGCUUUGGAGGUGUCUGCGCCGUCGUCGUGGGCCACCCCUUCGACCUCGUCAAGGUGCGGCUGCAGACCGCCGACAAGGGCGUCUACAAGAGCGCGAUCGACUGUCUGAAGCAGAACAUCGCCCGCGAUGGCGUGAGGAGAGGUCUUUAUGCGGGUGUGAGUGCGCCGUUGGUCGGUGUUACACCCAUGUUCGCUGUUUCCUUCUGGGGCUAUGACGUCGGCAAGCAACUCGUCACCUCGUACUCGACUGUGGCCACCAACCCGGCGACCGGCGCGUCCCAGCUCUCCAUCGCCCAGGUCUCCGCCGCCGGUUUCUUCAGCGCCAUCCCCAUGACGGCCAUCACGGCGCCCUUCGAGCGCGUCAAGGUGAUCCUGCAGGUGCAGGGCCAGCGACUAAAGCCCGGCGAGGAGCCCAAGUACAAGGGCGGCCUCGACGUCGUGCGCCAGCUCUACAAGGAAGGCGGCGUCCGGUCCGUGUUCCGCGGCAGCGCCGCCACGCUCGCCCGCGACGGCCCCGGAAGCGCGGCCUACUUUGCAGCCUACGAGUACAUCAAGCGGCGGCUGACCCCCAAGGACCCCGUCACGGGCGCGCCGCAGGGCGAGCUCAGCCUGUCCGCCGUCACGGUGGCGGGUGGUGCCGCCGGCAUCGCCAUGUGGAUCCCCGUGUUCCCCGUGGACACGGUCAAGAGCCGGCUGCAGACGGCCGAGGGCAACCCCACCAUCGGGGGGGUCAUCAGGGAGCUGUACGGCAGGGGCGGCGUCAAGGCCUUCUUCCCCGGCUUCGGGCCGGCGCUGGCCAGGGCGGUCCCUGCGAACGCCGCCACCUUUUUGGGCGUCGAGCUGGCCCACCAGGCAAUGAACAGAGCCUUUGGUUGAGAGCAUGGGAGCUGAGAUUUAGAGCAUGGAACUCGAAAUAAUCUGGCGGUGAGGCGCAUCUGCACUAGUAUUCAUCCACCAACGACUUUGUACGCACAUGCGGGAGAUAUUGCCUUCGGCUUGCGAGAGGCCGAGAGAAACUGCCCUGGCGAUAGGGCUGCGA